GAUAUUAUAAUUUUCAUUUCAGAUUAAAUAGCAUGACUGAAGAAAAUGAAUUACAAGAUGAAGUUAAUGCUAUUUAUAAUGACUUUCUUGAGGCGUCAGAUCUCAUUCCCACUCUUAAAAUAUUCAGCAAAUUAUGUGAAUGUCUUAGUAUAAAUGAAAAGAACUACAAAACAGUUUUUUCUUCAUUAAAAUUAAAACUUACCUCAAGGAAAUUCCAAACAUUGUCUAGUAUAUUAGAAAAAAAGGCUAAGCAUGUUGAUUACAAAAACAAACCAUGUUCUAAAUCAAAGAUUUUAAUUAUUGGUUCUGGACCUAUUGGAUUAAGAACUGCUAUUGAAGCUGCAUUGUUAGGUGCACAAGUUUUUGUUGUUGAAAGUAGGAACAGCUUUUCUAGAAAUAAUGUUCUUCAUUUGUGGCCAUUCCUAAUUACUGAUUUAAAAGCACUUGGUAUCAAAUCCUUUUUUGGAAAAUUUUGUGCUGGAACUCUUGAUCAUAUAAGUAUUCGAAGAUUGCAAUGUAUACUUUUGAAGAUAUGUUUAGUACUUGGGAUUCAAGUUUAUGCAGAAACAAUUUUUUAUGAUAUUCUUCAACCAAGUGAUGGUAAAGCUUGGAGAUGUAAGUUUAAACCUACUUCUUCAUAUUUAAAUGGGAUUGAAUUUGAUGUUGUUGUUGGUUGUGAUGGAAAAUCAAAUAGUUUAAAAUUCAAAAGAAAAGAAUUUCGUGGCAAAUUAGCAAUUGCUAUUACUUGCAAUUUUGUUAACACAUAUACUAAAGCUGAAGCAGGUGUUGAAGAAAUAAGUGGUGUAGCCUACAUAUAUAAUCAAGAUUUCUUUCAUCAGUUAAAAGAAAAUACUGGCAUUGAAUUGGAAAACAUUGUAUAUUAUAAAGAUGAAACUCAUUACUUUGUUAUGACAGCAAAAAAAAAAAGUUUGUUGGAUAAGGGUGUAAUUUUACAGGAUUAUAAAGAUGUUUUUCAACUAUUAUCACAAGAAAAUGUUUGUCAUGAAGCAUUGUUGCAAUAUGCAAAGGAAGCAGCAGAUUUUUCUACUAAGUACCAGCUUCCACAUCACAAUUUUGCAAAAAAUCAUUCUGGAAAAGAAGAUGUUGCUAUGUUUGAUUUCACUUCAAUUCACCAAGCAGAAUAUUCUUCAAGAAUAGUUGAAAGAAAAGGAAAGCGUUUACUACUUUGUAUUGCUGGAGAUGUUUUACUAGAGCCAUUCUGGCCUACAGGUUCUGGAUGUGCACGUGGUUUUCUUGGUGCUAUGGAUGUUGCAUGGAUGAUUAAAGGAUUUAGCUCUGGACAUGACUCAAUGGAUUUAAUUCAAGAACGUGAGAGUAUUUUUAAUAUACUUUCACAAACAAAACCAGACACAUUAAUGAAACCUUAUGAAAAAUACUCUAUUGAUCCAUUUACAAGAUAUCCAAAUUUAAAUACUCGAUUAUUCAAAAAAGAACAGAUUGGACAUUUAAUAGAUAAAAGUGAUGGCAACUUUAGUUUAGAAACAUUACAUAAAAACGAAGAAAAUAAAGCAUCCAAGAUAAAUGAAGCAAAACAAAGUGGAGUUGAUCCAGAUACAUUGUUAGCAUGGUGUAAAGAACAAACACAUGGCUAUCCUAAUAUAAGCAUGACAGAUAUGAGUGAGUCAUGGAAGAAUGGUUUGGCUUUUUGUGCUAUUGUAAACCGUUACCGCCCUGACCUUUUAGAUUAUUCCGCAUUAAAUUUUAAAGAAGUUGAAGAAAAUUGUGCAAAGGCAUUUGCAAUAGCUGAAGAAUAUUUUGGUAUCCCUCCAAAAAUCUCUGGUCAUGAUUUAGUUAGACAAGCUGUUCCUGAUAAACUGGCUAUUAUAGCUUAUGUAUCACUUUACUAUGAAGCUCUUAAAGGAGAAUCUCCUGCUUCUUCUAAGCAACCUAAUGAUGAAAAAGUGAAAGAAAAAAGUUAUCGAAGUGUUCCUGGAAAAAAUAAAAUGUCAAUUAUCUCACGGCUAUCUAAGAAAAAUAAUGCAAAAAAUUCAAAGAAAAGUAAAGAUAAAGAUCUAUGUCUGAAUUUAGACAAAGGUGAGGCUGCAUUAUUAGCCUACAAAAAAAAAGAAUCAGAUAACAAUGCAAUAGUUGGUAUUCGAAAAGAAGUUGCAGGCAAUAAUGAAAUGCACAAUUUUUCUGAUGAUAUAACACCUACCCAAGGUGAUGGUAAAUACAAGAGAAUAUCUCAGCUGGCACAAACAGUAUUUGGGGAUACUAUAGUUCAAGACAGUUGUGUUUCAAAAGAUAAGACUGAUAAUGUAAUCAUAGAAAAAGAUUCUGAUGAGCUCAGUGAAAGCGAAAAAUGUUACUUUUGCAAACAAAAAGUGUAUGUCAUGGAGCGACAAUCAUGUGAAGGACUUUUUUUUCAUCGUAAAUGUUUUCGUUGUUGUGUUUGCAGGUGCCAUCUUUUACUUGGAAAUUAUAUUUUUGAUUGUAAGGAAGAUAAUGUCGGAAAGUUUUAUUGCAAACUUCAUUACAACAAAAUAAUCUAUGAGUUGGAGAAAGUUGUCAAGCCUCCAGCAAAAAGUGAACGGCGUAAUCGUCCUCUUACACAAAUAAUUGAACCUUUCAAUUCAAAAAAUCUUCCGUACAGUGAAACCAAAUCAAAUAGCAUUAUAGAUAUUCAAACCAAGUUAAAAGAGAAUUUACCUCUGAUAACUGUCAAAGACAGAAAUGCUAUUAAAGGCAAAAGUAAUGUUGAAGUAAAAAAUGAUUCAUUUAUUGAUGGUGUAACUUCUAAUACUUUAUCAACUCCUAAGGCACCAAUCAUUACUAAGAUAAAAUCUUCAUCUAUAAAUCCAACUUCAUCGAUAAUUUUGAAUUCACCUAAAAUUACAUCUCCAAAUAAACCACUAUCCUCAAUUUUAUCUACUCCCUACGAUAUGCUUGCUGCUAAAAAUUUAGAUGUAAACAGUUCAACAACUCCGCGGAAAGUAAUCACUAGUAGUUAUUUUACAGCAAAAAAGUUGAGUGUUUCUACGCCUAACUUGACGAAGCUAAUACAAGAAGAUGGAAUGUUUGAAGAAGAAAGAAAAAAACACUUGCUUUUGCAAAAAGUACCCCAAAAUAGUUCUGAAUUAUUAGAAGUGCAAAAUUUAAAUAAAAAAAAUGUAUUAAAUAAUAGCAAAAGUUUUUCUGAGAAAAAUAUUGAAAUUGAUUUUGAAAGAGAAAGGUAUCAGAGUUUUAAAUUUAAAGAAAAUGUGAUUGGUGCAGUCCAUAGACGACCAAUGCAAGAGAGAAGAGCUCAGUAUCCUGUUUCAAUGGCUUUUAAUGAUAGUGUUGUUAAUUUGCAUCAGAUAGCUGUGGAUAUUUCAUUAGAUGAUGAAAAAGAUUUCACAAAGAAAGAAUCUGAAGAGAAAAUUACCACUACAGAUCAAGUUAAGAAGAAAAAGAAGCUUGUUCUAAGAAGGAAAAAAAAAAUCUUUGUUGAUGCUGGUUCAUCAACAACUGCUCAAACAUCAGAAAAUAUCCUUUUAAAAGGUUCUUCUGAAGUAAUAAUAAAUGAACCUUCAAAGAUGGAAGAAAUAAAGGAAGCAAGUGGAGUCUCUGAAAAUGAUUCAGACACUGAUUCAAUUUAUGAUGAAGAGAAAAAGGACACAACUUAUCAUGGAGUAUUUAAAAUUUUUGCAAAAAAGUCAAAGAAAAAAGAUUUAACUGCAGAAGAAGAAGAACUUGUUUCCAAAAAGUAUUAUUUGCGGCAACAACACGAAAUUAAAAAGGAAAUGAAAGAGCGUGAGAUGAAACGUCUGUGGGAAGCGCAAUCUAUCCAACGUAAACUAAAUGAAGUUGAUGUGAAGCAAUUUGAGCUUGAAGAGCGCGCUAGAAAAGUAGAAAAAGAUCUCAGAAAUGAAUCAUUAUCAAAAGAUGCUAUUCGCAAACUUACACUUGAGUGGUGCUUGCUGGUAAAUGAAAAAAAUAUUUUGCUUCGAUUUGAAUCAGAGCUUGUUAUACAAUCAAAUUCAAUUCAACUAGAAGAUCGACAAGCAAGAUUAGAACAACAAAUAAGAGACCUACUAACUUGUGAAAAACGGCUUCCUGACUCACAAGUACAGAUAGAAAUCUUAACAAAAGAGUUGGUAGAUACAGUUGAACAGCGAAAUGUGUUAGUAGAAUUGUUGGAAGAAGAUAGAUUAAGGGAAAUGGAAGAAGAUAAAAAUCUGAAAGAUGCUUUUUCCAAAAAAGCAAAAGAACUUGGGAUGAAUCGAUUUAUUUAAACUUAAAUAUGUGAUUAAUAUGGAUUUGCAGUUAAUAAAUGUACGACUGUUGAAACAUAGUUUUCAAGUUUGAUUAUAUUUUUGACUAGAUGCAAUAAAUAUUUGAGUUCUUUGUCAA